AAUUUUCCAAAAUGGCUUCGAACGGAGAACUGAAAACAGGAGACCUGAACUUCAUCUUCAAGGCUCUGGCACAGAGAGGAAAGGAGGGUAAACUACAUAAGGAAUAUAACGAGAAUUAUACAAGAGUUUUUCUACAACUGCUGUCGUUUCAAUUGAACAAAACUGGAAAUCGCGUCAUUCUACAGGCUUACGGAAGCGCGGCCGAAGAUUUAAAGUGCCAUGAGCGCCAUGAUCUUGGAGAUAUGGACAUUAUGAUCUUCCCGAAUUCAGAUAACUUGACGAUUCAUGAGGAACUGCUUGAAUAUUCCCUAGAGAAUCCACUGCACGUGAGAAUCAAAGGCUGUGAUCAUCCCGUGUUACAGUGCUGCCUCGUAGAAGACUCUGGGUAUGUUGCCACUUCGGCCUUAAAGAACUUUCAUCCUGCUAUUUUUGGUUCUGAAGCACCUUGCAUAGUCGACAUUACAAACCGUGUAUUUGAGACAUUUUUGCGAGAAGAGUUUUCACCGAUUGUUACGGGCGGACUAAGCAACCACUACGGGAGUCCUGCUAUAACCCUUAAUUUGUCUCGAGCUUUAGCCAUUACCGGCGAGCAGCGAAAAAUCAUGCAAAACCAAGCCUUAAAUUUCCCUUUUAGUCUAGGUGCAGCUGAUGUAGAGUGGAUGACUUCGAUGAUGUGCAGGUUUAAAGGAAUUGACUAUACUAGACAGCACGCCGAGCUCGUGAAAUACAUGAUGUGCGAAAGGGAUCCAAUAUCACAUUUCCAGAAGCUUUCCGUUACUCCUCAUGAGAAUCUUGAUAGCGAUGAAAAAACCGGAAGAAGGCGUAGAAGCAUCGGAAGUCAAUUACGAAAUGAAACUGAACAUUGUGUCACAAUAGAAACAAAUGACGAACACCGAGAAAGAGAUUUGCGAAACAGUUCGUUAGCGUCCGUACCCUCCAAUGACGGGCCAUAUGUGAUAGCCACAAAACACUGUGCAAGUUGUGAUGGAUAUCAGAGCCCUCUUGAACUACAAUCCACGUCUAGUCGGUUCACAGCGGUCAGCCCGUCGCUGGAAUUUUCUUUACCGUCAUUACCUAAACCCAGGGCUAGCGUUGUGACAGAAAGCGAAGGCACGGAAAAACACAGUGAAGAAGAAGUAGAAAAGAAUGGUAAACAGAGUGAUUUGGAUGAAAAUCAGUCAAAGGUAGCCCGACUGUCCUUGACACAAGAAAAGGAAGUCAAUUCCAAAGCUCUACCUGGCAGUUCAGACUGUGCUAAGGAGGAAGAUGCACAGAGAGAGCGUGAAAGGCGAACACGUCGUAAACGAUGGGUUGAUUACCUCUUGGGAAGGGAAGUGGAAACCAAAAGAACUGCAAUACUGGAUAAUGAAAGUUGUCGCCAGUCCUCGCCUAAAGAACAAAAUGGAAGCGAGGGUUUGGAAGGUAGCAACCUCGGUAAAGGGAUAAAGAACGGAGACUCCAUUCACGACAAAAAUGCGCCAAACGGAGAAGAACAUCAAAUGACAAAGAAAAGAGAGGAGAACUCUACAGAUCUAGCACACAACCGUGAUAGUCAAGAAGACAACGAGAGCCGAGAACGUGAACGACGAAUACAACAUAACCUCCUUAAACACAUGUUUGGAACUGCGAAAGGAGGUCAAACACAGAAAGCUAAAGUUAAGGAUACUGAGCGAGUUGAAAGCGGAAUUGAUUUCAUCCCUGCCUUAAGAUCCUGUGAAUGGCCGAAGGUUGCAAGAGAGUGGAUCAAACGAGAACGUCGAUGGCCUUCCCCUGACAUUGUCAAGAAGGUUAUUCAGGAAGGCUACCACUUGGUAGUGAAGUCCCCAAAGAAAAAUGGCAGUCCAGAUUGCGACUUCAGAAUAUCCUUUUCUCAUGCGGAAUACCUGCUAAGCCAAGAGCUGAACGACAUCCAGCGUGAGUGUUACCGUUGUUUGAAAAAAUAUCAUCGUGCUUAUCUGUGCACACAGCCGAAGAGUUUGGUGUCAUUUCAUCUAAAGAACAUUUUUCUGCAAACGAUAGAGGAAACCGGUGCCGAGAUGUGGACCGAACGCAACAGGGCCGAAUGCAUGAUUAAACUCCUCGGGAACCUUUCGGAAGCUCUUAAAAGGAAAGACCUACGACAUUUCUUUGUGAAGUCCUACAAUUUGCUUGGCGUAGAUUACGUCGAAAACCCCGAGGUUCUCGAAUCACUGGCUGGAAAAGUUGUGGAGAUCAUGGAAGAUCCAAAGCGAUUUACAACGCAGUUGAUUCAGAGCCGAGAAGAAACAAAACAACAUGAAAGGCCGGAAGUACAUAUUUCACUAGAAAACUUUCCGAGAGGCGAGCCAACUGCAUUCGCAAAAACCGUCAAAUGCGAUUAUCAGAUGCAACCUAAAGAACUCUCAUCCAAAAGCAUCCAUGAUACCAAGCACAACAAGAAAGAAGAGGUAACAGUUUCUUUGCCACCAAAGACAGUGAUCCAAAGAAGAGGCUCAGUCCUUGAGUACCAAUACCAUGACCUAAAAGAUCUUUACCUUGAUGUCAUUAAGGAAUUGCUCCAUACGGCUUUUGACGACGCUGAUUGCAGACUUGAAGCUAUGGACCCUCUCGAGAGGUCUUUAGUGCACAAUCUUCGAGAGCUCGUGAGGAGUGAAGGCUUCUCAUUGGAGGAGCUCCCUGGUGUGUUAGAGUCUUCCUGGCAAACAAUGGGCUACCUCAGGGUAAGGCUCAGCAGUGAACCAGACAUGAGACGACGUAUCCUUGUGGCAAUUCAGGGCCAAAUUGAGAUGUUGAAGUACAUAUUAGAGCAAGACGACAUCGCUGUGAGGAACGAGGAAGCUGUUGAAGCUGUGCGCAACAGAAUACUUGAUCCUCCUGCUGAAAAUGCCUUUGACCUGAGCCACAUAAUACCAUCUGAUAUCGCGAUACAGUUUGCACAAAGCGCUUUGUUCGAGUUUUUUGUGCCGAGGCCAGUGGAGCCAAAUCUGGAUGACGACAUUCCAUUAGAUUGACUUAACUUAAAAGCUUUUAUCAGUUCAGAUGAAAACUACACGUAGUUGACAUUUUUGUUGUUACUAUUUUCCUUUGUGACGAUGUAGAAUACUUUUUCAUGUAUCUGCCAGUGUGUUCUCACGACUAUAAAAAAUUAAAGUAGCUCUGUUAAUUGUUUUAUAAAGUCAUAAUGUACCAACACGAAGCUAAAACUAUAAAAACGUUCCCUCGAGCGUUAAUAAGGAAGGGAUAAAUACAAACACAGUUAUAUCAAAACUUAUUGGGCAUCAGUAAUGUUAACGAUCUUAUAACAGUUUGUAUUAGCAUACUAACUGCUUCUGUCAAGGAAUUAAAUCUAUAUUGUCGAGAGAUUAAUCUCUUGAUAUUGAAACAUGACAUGUAGGAUAAGUAUAUGAAACAGGUCAAUUACGAUAUAUUAAAAUUCUAACUUGGCUCCGAGGCUUAAGGGAAUCAAACAAAAUAAAUUUAAAAUAUU